AUGUCACGCGCAGCCGAGUACAAGCGGCAGGCGGACGCCAUACUGGCACGGGCCCUGCUGCGACAGAACCAGAGCUUGCGGUCCCAUCCGCUGGCAAGGCUGUCGCCCGGGCCUGAUGAGAACACGCCGCCGGUGCUGAGCCCGCGGUCGGCGGCGGCGGUGGCGGCGGCGACGGCAAACGCUGACUCUCUCGCUGGGUUGCGACUCAAGCUCCACACGCUGUGUGCUCAGCUCAAAGUGGCGUCGGCCACGGGUGCGCUCCGGGCGCCGCCAUCACCGAUCGGCCAGGAGCUGCAUCGCUCGGCAUCGGGCCGCUCGCUGCACAACGAUCUACACGCUCUCGUCGACACCGCCCUCGCCCACCUCGACGGUGUUCUUGCGCUCCGCAUGAUGCGCUCUCCCACGCCGCCUCCGCCGCCUCCGCCACCAGUCGUCUUUGAUGCAAGCGCACAGACCGACCACUGCCGAGUCGCUCACGCCGCCGCGCAGACCAGCGCUGCCGUUGCGCCCGAGGAUGAGCUCGCUCUCUCGCAGGCUGCGCUCGAAACGCUACAGGCAUCGGCUUCCGAGAACGAACGAUACGUGACCCGGCUUUCUGAAGUUGUGGCCGAGCUCGAGGCUCAGCUCGAGUCGCUGGAGACGUCCGAGGCUCAGCUGCGCGGUCAGGUCGCCAGUGCCGAGGCCCGCGCUGAGCGGGCUGAGCACAACUGCGCCGCGCUUCAGACCCAGGUGGCGUCAUCGUCGCGAUCCGACUCGAUGGCUCAGGAGCAGAUGGCUGGCCUGCGGCGGACGUACGAACAGCGAGUGGGCGUGCUCGAGAAGACGUGCAACGAGCAGUCGGCGCGGAUCCUUGAGCUCGAGUCGCACCUCACCACCGCGCUCAACAACAUCGACCAACUGUCGGUCGAGCUGUGCGAGCACAAGGAAGUCCUCGUCAAGUUCCGCACUGACCGCAACGCCCUCCGAGCUGCCCUCCGAGAUGCGCGCAUCCAGCUCCGCGACUACGAAGAGGCGCCUGCCCACGACCCGGAGCGAAUGGCCAAGCUCGAGGCGCGGAUCAUCUCGCUCCGCGACAAGCACCGGCUGACCAAGGACAAGCUCCGCUCGCUCAUCGACGAGAACAAGGCGCUGUGCAAGGACAAUCCCGAGCGGGCAGAGGUCUUCCGCGCCAUGCGCGACCUCAUCCUCGUCUACCAGUCGACGCUCGGCUCGGCCUCGUUUGCUUGCCACGCCUGCUCGCGGGUCCGCGGCAUGAUUGCAUGGGACAACUUCCCCAAGGCUGCCCAGGACUUUGAGGCUGCUGUUGUCGCCGAGCAGUGUGACUUUUGCCAGUCUCCACUCUUUGUUCCCGACUCGGCCUCCUAG